UUAUUUUUAUUAUAAAUGGAUACUACCAAAAGGAAUCCCAACCCUGUGUGCGUCCAUUGUGACACUGAAGGAGCUUAUUGAUGCAGGACUCAUUCUGUGAGUGCCCAGAUUGUGUGCAUUUGCGAAAGGUGUAGAGGAGUCUUUCAUUUUGAGUGUGAAGUGGCAGUAAGAAAAAGCUCAGAGGAAGCAAAGAAGGAUUUAGAAUUUAUGAAAGGAAUGGUUCAAAGAUUGGAGUGGGAUAUGGACAAGAGUAGAAUUGGAAGUUAUGACCAGCAGGUGGCCAAGGCUUUUAAUGAGUUUGCAGAGAGAAUUAAAGAGGUCGAAAGAAGAAUGGAAGAAGCUAGUCAGUGGCAUGAAAUAGAUGAGUUAGAGACACAAUUGAGAGAAAUACAAGUGGAUCUGUCAAAGAGUAAGGAAGUAAAAGAGAUUCUCUUCUUGUCAGCUAGUAGGGAGGUUUCAUUGCAAGGUUCUUUCAAUGAGAAUAAAGAGCAUUUCUCAGAAAGCAUUGAAAUAAAUCCAAGCUCAGAGUCACAAAAUAAUUUGAAUCACCAAAUAGAAGGAGUAAAGAACGAAAGAAAAGAAGAAAUUAAAGAUUGCACUUCUCUCUCCACCAGAAAGCCAAUAAGAGAUGAAGCAGAAAAUUUAUCAGUGAAAAGACUAUUGACAUUUCUCAAAGAAAAUUACAUUUCUAAAAGUUUCAAUCUUUCAGUAGGAUUAUCAGUAGUUGUACUUCUCCUUCUCUUGUGGAACUCCAAUCUCAGGAAUGAGAAUAAUGAUCUAAAGGAAGCACAGAUUAAGAUUGCUGAACUUGCUGGAUAUUAUCCCCAAGAUUCAGACUUGACUCUAGACAUGACUGAAAAGCAUGCUCAAAACUUGGUAAAAACAAUGAACACGAUAAACUAUAAAUUUGGAGAAAAGACAAGAUUGAGUAUAAAUAAGAUUGAUGUUGUUGAUGAAAAUAUAAAAGAGUUUAUCACUAACUUCUCUUCUCCUUCGCUCAGGAUAUUCUCACUCAAUAGUGUUCCCUUUUCUAAUGACCAUCAAAGUCUCAUAAAAAUAAAGUUUUACAAAGAAGGACUAAUGAAGCUUCUUUCAACGGUAACAAAAGAAGUUUUCUUGAGUAGUUUAAUUCUGGACUCUGAAGAUCUCAGCCAGAUAGUAAAAGCAUCAAUAAACUCGGAAAGACUGAUAAUUCAUUCUAGCAAAAUAUCGAUUUCUCAUGAUCUUGAUUUUUACACUGGAGCCAACUCCAACAUCCAAUAUCUCAGCAUCCAGUAUUCUGAUAGAUUUAAAUGGUACGGCACGACUUGGGAUGAUCUUGCAGAGAAAUUUGAACAAAUACCUAUUGCCAUUAAGAACUCCGCAUUGAAAGAUUCUCUGAAAACGUUGAACAUUUAUAACUGUCCCAUUUCUACUUCAAAAAUAGUAGAAUUACUGAAAAACUAUGGACUCUCCCAUAUAAAUGUGACAAGAGAAUUAGUGAAGCCAUCAUUAUCCUAAUUUCUUCAUACCAUUCAUGUUCA